AGUUGGAGUGCCAGGACAUGGAACAACUGUAUCGCUCCAACGAAACGCGUAAGUUCUACAAGAAACUUAGCCAAUCCCGGAAUGGCUUCAUGCUGCGAGCCGAAAUGUGCCGGGGUAACGACGGAGGCAUCUUGACGGACGAGCGUGAGGUGAUCAAAAGGUGGAAGCAGCACUUCGACGAGUACCUGAACGGCCCAGAGGCGGAGUACCAGGGCGACGGGGGAAAUGACGUCAGCGGUAUGGUGGACGGCGAGGAUGAGCCACGAUGAGGGAAGUUAAGGAUGCCAUCAAGAAGCUGAAGAACAACAAAGCAGCGGGUAAGGAUGGAAUUGGUGCUGAACUCAUCAAGAUGGGCCCGAACAAGCUGGUGGCCUGUCUACAACGGCUGAUAGUCAAGGACUGGGACACAGAACAGCUACCGGAAGAGUGGAAAGAGGGAGUAAUAUGCCCGCUCUACAAGAAGAGGGACAAGUUGGAAUUUGAAAACUAUCGAGCCAUCACUAUUCUCAACGCGGCCUACAAAGUGCUGUCUCAGAUCAUCUUCUGUCGUCUGUCGGAGCGAGCAAAGGAUUUCGUUGGGACGUACCAAGCCGGUUUCGUGGAGGGGAAAUCGACGACGGACCAAAUCUCUUUGUUACGCCAAAUCCUCCAAAAGUGUCGCGAAUACCAGAUCCCGACGCACCACCUGUUCAUCGAUUUCAAAGCCGCGUACGACUCGGUCGAUCGCGAAGAGCUAUGGAAGAUCAUGUACGAGAACGGCUUUCCCGGGAAGCUGAUCAGACUGGUGAAAUCAACGAUGGACGGGGCACGGUGCAGCGUGAAGAUUUCGGGAGCGAUGUCCGACCCGAUCGAAUCGCGCAAGGGACUGCGACAAGGCGACGGUAUCUCCGGCCUCUGUUUCAACAUUGGGCUUGAAGGUGUUAUGAGGCGGGCGGGCUUCAACAUGCGGGGCACGAUCAUCAACCGGUCCAACCAGUUCAUCUGCUAUGCCGACGUUGCUAUGGACAUUGUCGGCAGAACGUUCGAGGAUGUGGCCAGGCGGUACACCGAAUUGAAGCGGGAAGCGGAUAAGGUUGGAUUGAAGGUGAAUGUUGCGAAGACGAAGUAUCUGCUGGCAGGAGGAACCGAGUCCCUUAGGACUCGCAUAGGACCGAGCAUGACGAUCGAUGGCGACGAGUUACAGGUUGUGGAGGAGUUUGUGUACCUCGGAUCGUUGGUUACGUCGGACAACAACUGCAGCAGAGAAAUUCCAACCGACGACCGAGUUCAGUGGCUGCGCAUCUGGAGACAGCUCAUGACCCGGAGGUUGUACGAGCAGUAA